GCAAGUGGAUUCAGCCACGCGUCCUCUCGGCUUCCCUUCUUGGGAGAACACGAGGCGGCUGCCUCGGCUCGGAUUUCUCCAGAGCCCGUCGCUGCCGCCCUCCGCUGCCCGGGCCCCCUCCUGCAAAGCCGGGCUUCUGUGAAACGCCCAGGACCGCCGCGAUGGGAACCUGGGCCCUGGCGGGGAUGGCGCUCUGCAGCCUGGCUGCUGUGGCGACGCUGGUCUCAGCUGAUGAAGACUGCAAGUGGUUCAUGGACAGGAAUGGCUCAUGGCAUCCAGGCUUCAACUGCCCCUUCUUCUCCUUCUGCUGCGGUGACUGUCACCAUCGCUUCUGCUGCUACGACACCAGCAAACUCAUCACUGAGCGGCAGCAAAAGCACUGCAUGGCAUUCAGCCCCAAAGCAAUUGCUGGUAUCGCUUCAGCUGUGAUACUCUUUGUGGCCAUUGUUGCCACCAUUGUCUGUUGCUUCCUGUGCUCCUGCUGCUACCUGUACCAACGACGGCAUCAUAGUCAGACGCCUUAUCAAGAUCACGAGAUCCCCCUGUCUGGAUACCCUGCUCAGGCUCCAGGACCUUACCUGAUGGAUCCCAAAGCAGGGCCAGCACAAUUUCAGCCUUAUGCCCCUGUGGCUCCUUAUCCCCCUGAAGGUCCGGCUGCACAGUAUCCUUUAUACCCACCUGGGCCACCAUACUACCAUCCUACAGCUCCCCCACCCUACCUUCCACCACAGCCUUCACAGCCCUACACCUGAAGAACAAUUUAACAGGGACUGUUCAGCAAAAGCCUUUCACCCUGGGCCUGCCGGAGCCAUCUCCAGCACAGAGCUUAUGUGAGUCUCCUGCCACACUGGAACUUCCGUAUUGUCCUCUGCCAUUUUCCUUACUUGGCUGUCUUUUGCUCUGCAUGAUAGGAAGCAUUUUUAAAUCUCUUCCUGUGCCCUGCCUCCCUUCCUGGCUGCAUCAAUGAGGGAAGAUUUUUCUCCUCCUUGUCAUCUCCCAUCUUAGCUUAUAAAAGUCCUGGUGCAAACACAGCAAAACAAGGCUGAUAAAAGGUAUUAUACAUGCUGACUGAUCCCCGGUCAUGUGAUGGAGCCUCUUCUGAGCAUUGGAAGGCAGGCCGAAAGCCUCUAGGUGGCACAGGAGAGCAAAUUGGAGUAGCUUUUACCUCACUGGGACACUGGUCCACUGUAUUCCCUGAUAAGACCCCAGGAUCAGCUGUGUGUGUUAAGGUAUCUCUCAGUGCAGUCCUAAGAACACUUUCCUGGGAGUAAACCCUAUUGACCAGAACUGACUAGGCUUCUAAGUAAGCCUGUUUAGGAUUACUCUCUGUGUCUCUUUGGCAAGGUGAAUGUCAGGGACUCAAAUACUUAAAGACCCCGUGGGCACAUGGUGCAAUUAUAGAUUAUUAAGCCAAGUAGAUGCAAUUUUAGAAAGUCACCAGAUGGGAGAUAGCUGUGGAACCUAUCUAAGUUGUUCUGAGCUGCCCGAAGAAAACUAUGUGUGAUACGCUGAGAGGAACUGGAAAGCAGACUGUGAGAGCCUCCUGCAAGAAAUGGGGUGAGGGUCUGAGGAGAGCAUGCAAGCUUCUUAGCACAGGAAGAAAGAAUUGAUCGUAGAAUUUGAGGAGCAGGAGCCCCUUCUGUAUCCACAAGCCAGAAGUCAAAUUUGCCAUGGGCAUUUUCCUGUGGGGAAAGAGAGGGAUGACACAUAGUUGCUCUGGAUUGGGCAUCAUUGAGUUUCUUUGACCAUUUCCCUAGGAGAUACUGAAAAGUGCCUUUGAUCCUCUCCCAUGCUGUCUGUGCAAUAUGUGAAUGUUGUUAACAAGGAGCCAGUUCUAAAUCAAAUAUAUAUUCUGCCAACGUAAGUUUCACUUUUACAUUACAGAUAAACUGAGCAAAAGACAAUGUAUAAAAAGCCCUGUUGAGCCAUGAUUUCAAACGCUGGAAUUGUAGCAUCUGUUCUAUAGAAUGAUAUGAAACUUGGCUGCUUGGAAAUAACAAAUAACUUAUCAUCGAAGUGUGUAAGAGCUGUGCUGUCUUGAUGUAAGGGACACCCAGCAUUUCUGCCAUGCCUCAUUAACACAUGCUAAUUCACUCUAAAGCAUUGGAACUGCUUAUUCCAUAGUAUUACAUUGAGGCUGAGCAAAGAAACUGGGCCACAAUUUGCACCACUGAGAGAAAAAUAACUCAGGCUGGUUAACUUUAUGUAUCAAAUACGGGAAGGGGGACUUAUCAUAGGCCUAAUGGGGAAACAUUCAGCAUUAGUGAUAAUGGCUUGAAUCCAAACCUUGUUUUCUACCAGCAGAGGGGGUGGAUUUCUACUUAUUUCCCCUCCCAUUGCAGAGCCUGCCAUUGCACCCCACAUUGUUCCUGGGGUCUCCGGGCCUUGAUAGUAGCACUGGGGGGGGGGGUUGCAGUGGAACUGGGGAGACCAAAAGUUCCAUUUCUCUUGCUGAAUGCUCUGCUGGCACUACUUUGGAUCCAAGUCAAUGAGCAUAUUGGAGGUAAAUCUCCUUCCCUGCCUACAUGCACACGGCUUUGGUGACACCCCCAUCUGCAAUUGUCCCAGGUUCCAAGCAGCAGCAGCAGAAGAGAUUGGAUUUAUACCCAACCCUUCACUACCCAAAGGUGUUGCCUUUCCCUUCCACAGGUAUUCCUCUUGAGACAGUCUGAGCUACUAGCUGUGCUGGAAUGGGAGUAUUUUCCUAAGGGAGAUGUAAAUCACUUUUGAGCCUCUAUGACACAGUUAGCAUCUGGCUACUGUCAGUGCAGCAGAACACAUGGAGGAGGCGUGUCCGUUGUAAUACAACUAGUAUUCUAGUCAAUGUCCAUUUUAUGCUCCCUUGAGAAAGAGAGUGAAGGAAGAGGCUUGUCUGGUCUCAUGUGUGAAAAUGCUCCAAAUCCCAUUAUAGGAGCCUUCCUGAAUAUAAACACAUAUUUCAUAACAUUCAAAUGCCUGCCCCGUUAGUCCAGGCUCCCAUCUCUUGACUAAGAAGAAUAGCUCAAUUAGAGUCUUAUGGUGUAUCUCACCCAAACCGCUUUCAGUUUGUCCAGUGAUUCUUAACAGGUGGCUUCCAUCUCUUUGUAGUGUAGCCAUAUUUCUUCGUGGAGCUUUGCCUGUAUUCUUGCUAUGUGAUUCUUGUCUUAGCAGGUCAUGAAUCUGCUACUACAAGCUAAGAGAUACUUUAUACAUUCAGAGUAAUCUGUGGAUUUGCUCACUGUCAUGUGUGCAAAGCGUUUAUAUAAACGCUGUUGCCUAUGCAGUUAAGCUGUAUCCUCAGAUCUCCACUUCUCCCUUGGGACACUUCUUAGGAAUGUGAUCUAUAUUAAAUCCAUGUGGUUUUAAGA